AUGUUGAGUGAUGGAGUAGCCUACGGAGUCCCGUCCGGGGUAUCGCAUUUGCUACGGGGUCGCCGGACAACUACUGGAUGUCUUCAACUCCAGAAUGACGACGUCGUACAAUUACGAUUUCUUGGCCUGAACGAGCGUCGUCCAACUCUUAGCCUGGCCGGAGGUGCGCUGCAGCCUCUUUGCGGUUGUAGUAGCAGCGUUAUCCGCGUGUUGAUAGUGGAUGUCGAGAGGAAUACCAUCCAACAGCAAUGCAAAGUCAUCAAAGACCCUCGUGUCAAUCAGAUUUAUCUAUAUCGUGGCCUCCAGCUGAUGCGCGGACGACACGUUGGCUUCUCCAACCUCCUCGCGCUCCAUGGACCUUUCUUUCCUCGCUUCCCUCCCGUUCUCACACUUGUCACUCUGCGAUGUAGAAAUCCUUCACCCUCCCUAUUUCCUCAAUCCAUCAAAUUUAUGGACCCCCCAAUUCACUUUCUUGAGGCUACUGCAUCCUACUCCAUCCACUUCUCAUGCCAUGCAUCUCCCAUGCGUAUGGAGACGCCGGAGCAUGCGGAUUGGGCUUGUACGGGGAUGGCUGGGACCUGCGGGUUGAACUUGUAG